AUAAGCACAAACACACACACAAAGAUUGGUCCAAAACACAAAUCUUUGUCCUAAUAAAACAAUUUGUCUUUGAUCUUAUAGGCAUACAAAGAGUACUCAUUCGUUGAGUUGAAGAAGGAGGAUGAGUUGGGGAAUGAUGGGUACUGUGGAAGAAGGUUGGAGGAGAGGUCCAUGGACCGCCGAAGAAGACGAACUUCUCAUUCAGUACGUUAGGGUUCAUGGUGAAGGCCGUUGGAACUCUGUCGCCAAGCUUGCAGGAUUGAAGAGGAAUGGCAAAAGCUGCAGACUGAGAUGGGUGAAUUACCUCAGACCUGACCUUAAGAGGGGCCAGAUCACUCCUCGUGAAGAGACCAUAAUCCUUGAGUUACAUUCCAAGUGGGGCAACAGAUGGUCGACCAUAGCACGUAGUUUGCCAGGACGAACGGAUAACGAGAUCAAGAAUUACUGGCGAACCCGCUUCAAGAAGAAGAAGAAAUCUCCUCCUAACAACGUCGAAAAGGCGAAGAAGAACCGUCUCUUGAAGAGGCAACAGUUUCAACAGCAGAUGCAGCAGCAACAGCAACAACAACAACAACUGUUUCAGUUUAACCAACUGGACAUGAAAAAGAUCAUUUCUUUACUCCAAGACAACAACAGCGGCGACAGCAGCAGCAACUGUGCGGUCUAUGUUCCUCAGAUGGCACCGACAACUGCAAUAACAUCAGCUUAUAGCCUGAAUACAACAGAGGAGCAACUAGAAGGGCAUUGCAAUCGACCCAACAAUGGCUAUUGGCCUGAUGAGGCUCCUGUAAUCGAAGACAACGGGCUCUGGUGGGAUGGAUCAUGGAACUUAUUGGAUGGCAACUUUGGAAUGUCUCCCGCCACGGAGACUUGUGACGCAAGGAAGGCGUAUUUCCAUAACCUUGUCACUCCCUUUUUGUUAGGUUGAUCGUUAAGUGAGACCGAGAAUUCUGGGUCUGGCUUUUCAAUUUUUUUUUUCCCCGGCUUUUGGUUGCUAGUAGUGACAACAUUAAGUAACUUUCUAUAAUCUAUUGAGGGCUCGAUAUAGAUUCUUGAGGCGUCAUGCAAGAGCUGCGAAAUCCGGUGCCCUUUGUAAUACAAUAUGAACUCGUGAUUUGCUUCAAGAAAUCAAUA